GACAGUCGGUCACACUAAUAUCAGCAUUCGAAAAAAAACGCGCAAAUCAAAGGGACGCCGUCGAAAAAUAUAUAAUAUUAUUGUUUUCCUCAAUAUUUCCGUUGGUAUUAUAGCGCCAUGACGCAGCCCCGUCAAAAACAUGCCAACCGCACCCACCUGCCGCAACUGCUAAGCAAUGUGCCCGAGGAUUACCAGGAGCCGGUCAACAAAAUGUGCCUCAAGAUGUUGUCUCACGACGCCUACGGCAAACCGUACGAAUGGACUGCCCGUGACUUUGAGAUGGGCGCCCACUUGGGGCGUGGCAAGUUUGGGCGCGUCUACUUGGCCCGCGAGCGCCACUCACACUUUUUGGUGGCCAUGAAGAUUAUGUUCAAGGAGGAGCUGCGCAAGGGCAACGUGCAGCGGCAAGUGCUGCGCGAGAUCGAGAUCCAGUCACGUCUGAAGCACCCCAACAUCUUGCGCCUGCUGACCUGGUUCCACGACGAGAGCCGCAUUUACCUGGCGCUUGAGAUAGCCUCCGGCGGAGAGGUCUACAAGCAUCUGCGUUCUGCGCCCAAUCACCGCUUCGACGAACCGAGGUCGGCAAAGUACACAUACCAGGUGGCCAAUGCCCUGAACUAUUGCCACCUGAAUAAUGUUAUUCAUCGCGAUCUGAAGCCGGAGAACAUUCUGCUGACUAGCACUGACGACCUAAAGCUAGCCGACUUUGGAUGGUCGGCCCACACGCCCAACAACAAGCGACGCACUCUAUGCGGAACCCUUGAUUAUCUGCCACCAGAGAUGGUAAACAACUCAUCCUACGACGAUUCGGUGGAUCAGUGGUGCCUCGGUAUCCUCUGCUACGAGUUCCUCGUGGGCUGCGCGCCCUUCGAGUCGAACAGCACGGAGAGCACCUACAAUAAGAUCCGGCGACUGGAGAUCCACUAUCCCUCGCAUUUGUCCAAGGGCAGCAAGGAGCUCAUAUCGGGGCUGCUGCGUCUCCAGAACCGAAUUGGCUUGGUUGCCGUGAUGACACAUCCUUGGGUCAAGGAGGGAAUGGCCGAGAGGGCCCGUCAGCUCGAGGCGCAGCAGCGGGGCAAGGAAAACCAGGUCAAGAACUGAGACAGUAACACUUUUCAGAUUUUUUAUAUUAUUACGAGUGUAUUUU